AUGACUAGGCGCAGGGUGUAUGUGACAAGACAAGUCCACGAGGAAGCGGUUGACUUGUUGAAGGAGCACUUCGAUGUGGGAGUUUGGGCCAGUGAUGAGGUGGUUCCCAGAGCUGAACUACUGGAGCAAGUCCAGGGCGUUGAUACAGUGUUUUGUACCAUCUCUGACAACAUUGAUGCCAAACUCCUGGAUGCUGCAGGUCCACAGUUAAGGGUUGUUGCUACCAUGUCUGUGGGAACACAACACAUUGACCUGGCUGAGUGCAAGCGCAGAGACAUUGUUGUAGCCAACACACCGGACGUGGCCGCAGACAGUGCUGCAGAAUUCACAGUGGCCUUAUUGCUGAUGGUGACCAGGAGGUGUCUUGAAGGAGCAGAAGCUGUUGUCAACGGAGAGUGGGGGUUGUGGAAACCCAUGUGGAUCUGUGGUAACGAAGUUGUCAACAGGACGCUUGGCAUCCUGGGAUUCGGGCGGGUUGGGUUUGGAGUAGCUCGUCGCCUGAAGCCCUUCGGUGUGAAGAAGAUUCUGUACAAUGAUGUCAUUCAGUCAAGUAUGGGAGCAGAGCUGCAGGCUCAGUUUGUCGAUCUGGACACGCUGUUCCGAGAGUCGGAUUUCCUUGUGGUGUCCUGUGCCUUGACUGGACUGACCAGGAAUUUAAUCAAUAAAGAGACUUUUGACAAAAUGAAGCCGUCUGCCAUUCUUAUCAACACUUCCCGUGGUCCAGUUGUCAACACUGCAGAUCUGGUGGAAGCCUUGAGAUCAGGGCAGAUUGCCGGAGCAGGGCUCGAUGUUACUGACCCAGAGCCGCUGCCUCCGAAUCAUCCUCUGAUUAAUUUAAAAAACUGCAUCGUCACUCCUCACAUUGGCACAAACUCAACAAAAGCCAGGCUGAAUAUGGCACUUAAUACUGCUAGAAAUAUUAUAGACACUUUGGUUCGAACAUAA